CUCGGCCACAUUGCGGCCUGUGUUCCGCUCCCCAUACUGAGGGAGCGCACUGGAUGCGGCGAGGAAUAACACACACACACACACACAGACACACACACACACACACACAUACACACACACACACACACACUGCUCCACAACUGGCAGAAGAAAAAAAAGAAAAACCUCAGACAUGGAUGACCCACUCACAAAAUGGCUCCACUUACACAGUAACAUCAACAACACGGCUAGAACGGACGUAGAGGACUCUAGCGAGUGCUGACGGUAUAAAAAUGAUGGAAAAACGGCAGAAGGAGCUUUGCCCUGGAAGUCCCGGCGCAGAGUCCGGUCCUGGAAAGCGGCAGGACUCCUCCAUCACCUCCAGACAGAACGGAUGCAAGGAGGACGAGGAGCCGAGGAGAGAGGAGGGGGAGGAGGAGAGGGGAGGGAGUUUCAAGGGGGUUGAGGAGACGGAUGACGUUCCUCUGCAGAACUCGAGCAACGGGACCAGCAUCAGCAUCAUCAUCAACGGCGUUGCCAAGGAAACUGCCUCUCACAACGCCCUUGACCUGAAAAGGGAAGUGCCGGUGAUCGAGCUCUCCAGGAGGGACGCUAUAAAAGCGGUGGAACACAGGACUGAAAGCCAUUUGGUGCCGAUCACGGAACUUCGCAGACCUCCACCGCUGCCGCUGCCGCCGCCGCAACGAGACGACGCUCGAAUGGUCCAACUGAGCCCAAACGCGUUUCCUGUCCCGGCCCGGGCGAUGCUCUACAACCUGGCACAGCCUCUCGCUGCCAUCAACAGUCUCGGAGGGGAGUCGGAGCAGUACAGCAUGUACCCCAGCAACAGGGUAAAGCGCCGACCGGCGCCUUAUGAGGUUGAACUCGACGAGGGUAGGCGCAUUUUAGAUCUUUAUAAGUAUGCCGGCCAGCCAAAGAUUGUGCGCCGCAUUUUCACCAACAGCCGCGAACGAUGGCGGCAGCAGAAUGUGAACGGGGCGUUCGCAGAGCUCCGCAAACUCAUCCCCACUCACCCCCCAGACAAGAAGCUGAGCAAAAACGAGAUCCUGCGGCUCGCUAUGAAGUACAUCAGCUUCCUCUCCAACCUCCUGGAGGACCAGGACGGGGGGAGGAAUGUCAGCAGCACGACAGAUGGGGAAACGGGGCUGCUGGUUGGGGUUGCGGCCCAUGAGGGCGGCCCUCAGGGCGGACCGCGCCAGGACACAGUGGUGGGUUUGGCCAGGGAUGACCUUCUGGAGACAAUGUCACCGAGUUCAAGCUGUGGAAGCCUACCUGAUGGUGACGCUGACGGCAGCCCUGAGAGCUUUAUGGAGGACCAGGACUCUCCUCCAGCUCCAAGGACUCUAACAGGAUCACGCGGGCCACCACUGCAUCUGGCGACAAGGGAUCUGAGACGCAAUGGACGCCCGCUGGACGGCUCCAGUCGUCGAUGAUGUCAAGAGACCGCGGACGCAACACCCAAGACUGAAAGGGAGCGAGGAGAGUGACUGGAAAAAGAACUGGAUAUGCUCAGGACUCUUGUAAUCUUGAGUCAGUGUAGGAAAAAGAAUCAGGCUCCACAUAGCGAGAUAGCGGUGUCCAAAAUGGAUCACGAGUACAUUCUUGUCUCCACGCCACACCUGAGGCAGUACUGAUGAAUAGCUGAUCCAGAAAGAGACUUGUAAAUUCUGCAUGUCACAUGUCUUUGACUGACGUGUGGAUCAUCUCCGUGUUUUGAAAGUUCCAAAGAGUGGAUAUUCUAAAGAAAAAAAAAAGAAAAAAACAUAGAAAAAUGGAAAAAAAAAAAAUAGCAAACAAACGCACACUCCAUCAAUAAUUAUUCAGCUCUCAGCUCACAGAUUUUUGAUGUUUGCAGAGCAACGCUUCAAUAAUGCCACUAUCCAUUACAAUAUAGCGGAGACAAAAUGAAUCCGCCUUGCGUGCAGAGUGCUGCAAGUAAAUUUUUCUAAAACGUCAAUAGAUAAACAAUGCCCGGCUAAUUUGGUGUGUUAGAAUAACGGCACAAACACAAUACGUCUGUGGAGAUUUCCAGUCAUCCAGGACAUGGUAUAUCCAAAAGAACAAAGCUAAAAUGAAUGAGUGGUCAAACCCAAACGAGCUCGCUGGCUUUGUUCUAGCUUCCUUUAUUGGUGACUUAAAAAGAAAGAUCGCCUCAGUCUGAGGCCGUACAUAAAUGGACCAAUUGCACCCAAGCAGUUACGUAUGUAUUGUAAAUAACACUAUAUUUCCACUGCAAAACGUAAUAACAGUGGCUCGGAUCCAAGUCACAUGGUUUAAUAUGUACCAUAGUGUGUUUGUCAAUGGGUUUAAUAACUGAAGUGUCUCUUGUAGGAGAUGGGAAACAAGGCGAGGGGAGAGACGGGAUUAGAUAAACUCAAAAUGUAAAGCAAGCAACCGAACAUCAGAUGUGGUACCAUUUUACUUCUGUUACACUUUGGUGAGAAAACGACACCAAACAUGGCAACAGACAAUUGAACUAUUUCACUGCCUGGAAUGAAUAUAUCUAUUUGAGUUUGCUGCGGAGGUACAAGACAUGCAGUGUUCUUAAAGUGUACAAAAUAUGGGUCGAAUGGAAAUCAUGAACUGACUCAUGCAGUCCUUUUGAUAUGAAUGUUUCAGUGUUUUUUUUUUUUAAAAAAACUGUACUGCAGUUGUAGUUUAGCAAGGUACACAGUUAAAAUCCCUUCAUUGCCACAUUUCACAUGCAGAUGCAUACAUAGACACACACACAGACACAUCCACACGCACACACACACAAGCCAUCCCCACCACACAGUGUUAAUAUCAUAAGAGCACCAGCAGUUUUCUGACAAAGACAGUUAAGUAUUGCUCUCUGUUGUUGGUUAUUCUGCUUUUUCAGCAGGACCUAGUAGCCUAUAUUGGUACAUUUGGUAACUAUGGUAUUUUAUGAAUUGCAGUAAAGGGACAUUGUACGUUUGGUAAUGACAUAAUUGUUGUAUGAUAGCUGUAUCUAUAAAUAUAUCCGAUGUUAAAUUGACGAAUUUUAUACAGAAACCCCCGAAUAAAACACACAGAUGAAAGGUGUUGUAUCUGAUCUCA